AUGUCUUGGUUCGGCGUUGCCCCGUUGAAGAAGUUCCCUGCGCCAGUGUUGCGCCCCAUGGCUCCGUUCCUGGCUGCCGCCGUGGUCAUCGCUUACGGCGUCAACUCGGCCCAGACCGCCAUGAUGUCGUCCGACGAGUUCAAGAACGACCCCCGGAACCCCAACGCGAAGGCUGCGCACUAG